AUGGGUUUGCCCGGGUCCGCCAAUGGCAGACACGGUGAGUACGUGAGGAUCCCGGAGGAGGUGGAGGUGUCCAACGGGGAGGGGGAUGCCGCGGCGGCCGUCAAGGCGGCCGCGGCGGCGGAAUGCCCGAGGGUGCUGCGGUGCCACGCGAUCCGGUGGUGGGCCAAGGUCGCCGUGCUCGGGAUCGUCCUUGCUGGGGCCGGAGCUGCUGCAGUCGUCUUCCUCGGCCCGCUCCUUAUCAAGAAGGUUGUUGCACCUAUUCUUUACUGGGAAUCAACAACUUUCAGUAGACCAGCUAUUGCUCUAAUAUGUUUUGGCGCAAUCGCCUUAUUCCCAAGUGUUUUGUUACCUUCUUCGCCCUUCAUGUGGCUUGCGGGGAUGACUUUUGGAUAUCUUUAUAACUUUUUGAUAAUCACAGUGGGGAUGAGCAUAGGCAUAUCAUUGCCGUAUUUUAUAGGCUCUGCAUUCCACUGUAGGAUACAUAGAUGGUUGGAGAAGUGGCCAAAGAAAGCAGCUUUUGUAAGGCUUGCUGGUGAAGGAGAUUGGCAUCAUCAAUUUAAGGCUGUUGCAUUACUAAGGAUUUCUCCAUUUCCAUAUAUAGUUUUUUACUAUGCUUCUAUGGCUACGAAUGUCAAAUAUUACCCAUACAUAGCUGGAACAAUACAUGAAACUUUUCUUGCAAUAUACAGGCCCGUCGAGCGGCUUCCUAAAGGCGGCGUGCAGAGUGCUCUUCAGCCGUGGCGGCAGCGGCCACAGCGGCCCAUCGCGUGGCGGCACGGAUCCACUAAGGUGCGGAAAUUGAGAAGGUUGUUGAAAGAGAUCUUACUGAACUCAUAUGGAGUUGACUUGAUGUUGCAUAACGUGAUUGAAAUAUCUGGACAAGCAUAG